AUGGCCAAGUCCAAAGCAGCCAAGCGGAAGCGCAAUGCGCAAGCCGAUAUCCCCCAGAAGAUCCAAAAGCCUGACCCCGUCUUGACUCCACCCCCCGAUGGCACAUCACUCGACCCCAAACACCUCAACACGGUAGUUUCAGACGAAGAACUUGACAUUACCAUCGAGACACUUACGACCCUUGCACAAUAUCCCAAUCUCACAAAGUCGAAGGCUUGCAAAGAUCUCCGGGUUGCCGUCUAUGACUUCCGCCAGGCUUGCACGACAGGAGCCAAUGCUGCUGAGGGUGCAAACCUCACAGCGCGUAUAACCGGUGCCCUAACCGAUCAGAAAUAUGUCGAUGCCAGAAUCCUCCUUGCCGAGAUGAAAAUCAAGGGCGAACAACCCAAGAUCGGAUCGUUGUGUCGCUGGGUGCGAGACCUGGAUGUUGUCAGUGGCCUUUCAACGCACCCAGAUACACUCGACAAGGACCCCGUGGAACGGACUGCAAAGGAUUUAGAGCUCCUCGCUGUCCUAGAUGCCAUCCUCCGCGUCAGUGCCCCGAUCGAUAACAGCCCCAAGGCUCUCCCUUCCACCUCUCCCAUCGCCUUCCAGUCAAUCUGGGACCUUCGGCCCUCUAGCCCUUCCCUCGAAAUAUACGCUUCCGUACUCGAUAAGUCGAUUCUCGCCCAUGCUCCGAAAUCUCCCACCGCACUCCGCAUCAUCGAAGAAACACCGGGCCCCCAGCGCAAACCUCCGAACCACCACCCCGCGAUCCUCUAUACCACCGCCCCAAAUGCCGUUCCUCUCGCCCCCGUCGCCCCGACUAUAACAUACCACCCACACCCUGCUGUGCCGGGCCUAGGUGUCGCCAUGAAUGUGCUGUCAGAGGAGGAAUGCAAAGCGAUUAUUGCGGCAGGCGAAUCCGUCAAUUUCCUUCCCGAUGCGCCGCUCCGCGAGGAUGGAGAUGUGAGCAUUCUAGCCCACAACUUCUAUUGGGUCAUCGAUACCACAUUCCACGAUAUGCUCUGGGCCCGAAUCUCCCCUUACGUACCGCCCUCUAUCAACGGUCGCCUUGUUCGCGGCAUUAACCGGCGAUUCCGUGUAUACCGAUACGUCCCCGGUGCCGAAUACCGCUGUCACAUCGACGGUGCCUGGCCUCCGUCAGGUAUCCUGCCUGAUGACACGUACGUGUACGAUUCCUCGCCCGAGGACAAGAGGCAAAGCUCCAUGUACACCUUUUUGCUCUACCUCAAUGAUGAGUUUGAGGGUGGCGAGACUACUUUCUUCCUACCGGCAGCCCGGGAGGGAACUUUGAACGCCUAUCCAGUCCGACCGGUCAUGGGAUCCGUCGCUAUCUUCCCGCAUGGCGAGGCAAAUGGUGCCCUUCUCCAUGAGGGUACCGGGGUGAGGAAGGGUGCUAAAUAUAUUAUCAGGACGGAUGUCGAGUACGACGUGAAGCCUUCCGAUGAGUGA